UGGUCAGGUGAGGCAGCGUGAGUCACGGCGAGAUUUUGUAAACCUAAUAAAGAAUAGUUGUUGGGCAUAUUUUUUCGUAGCGUGUCGUGCCGCAGUUUUAGCUGAACGUGAUCAUGCAGAACGCAGUGUCAUUGCCGCAGUUUUGUACAUUAUUCACGGUGAGUGGUUUAAAAAUAUGGAAGAAAAACUAACCGUGCGAAAUCGACAAGUUUUAUACGAUGCAAGUCAUGUAGACUACAUGAGGACAAAACUAAAAACUGAAAAGUGGGAAGAAAUCGCUAAAGAGUCGAUAUGAAAACUGGAACUGAAGCAAAGGCGUUGUGGGAGAAACUAAGAAAUUCAUUGAGGGAUGCGAUUAGGAGGCAACAGAAAUAUUUGAAAAGUGGAGCACCGGCGGAAGUUAUCAAGGAGUGGAAGUUUCAGAAACAGAUGGGAUUCCUACAGCCUUACAUGGCUAAUAAAUCGAGAGAAGGAAACCUCCGAGAAGACGGUGAAAAUCAAAACCUAAUCCAAGAUUUGGAACAAGAUAUAAUAUCUGCAGAUGUAGGCCAUAAAAAUAUAGAAGUAAACACUCAACAGCAAGACGAAAGCAUAGAGGAUGAAAUCCAACCACAGACACUUCCAGAAAAGUUACCUUCGACAUCAGCUACAACUCCGAUAUCAAAUGCAAUCCCGAAAUUAGCUAAAAAAUUUAAGAAAAAUAAUGUUGCCGCUAUGAUGAAAUACAGUAUGGAAAAACGUGAGGAAAGAUCUAAAGCAAAAAUGGAAGAGAGACAUAAUAUGUUCGAAGAAUUAAAAUCUGCACAAAAUGAUCCCCUGUUUUACUUUUUUGUGUCAAUCUACCAAUCUACCAAAAGAAUGCCACCCUCAUAUCAGCACAUUGUUAAAAACCGUGUGUUUAACGCAGUUUCAGACGUAGAGGCCAAGUUAUUGGACAUUCCUAUGUGUGUUGUCCCUCAGCAGCCCAGUCCUGUCCACCAGCAGCCCAGUUCUAUCCAGCAGCUGCCCUACCAUCAGGCCCUAUACCCUGCUGUAGGGAUGGGAACACCCGGUUCUUUUUGAUGACCCGUUUAUCUUCAGGUCAUUCACUGAAAUGACCCGUUCGCCAAGAUUCGUUCAUUUGAAUGAUAAGGUCGUUCAAAUUUCAAUAAAAUUGUAGGGUCUAAACACUAUAAAAACAGGCAAGCAUAACUCACAUCACAAGUCAACAGCUCAUCGGUCAUCGGUCACCUGCGACCUGCGACCUGUUCGUAGUUUGCCGCGAUUUUGCUUCCGGCAGUUCCGGAACUUUGGCCCGAUUCGGCCGCGACUGUCUCUCUCUGACAAUAAUCGAUCGUUGAACGGGCCGCGGCCGGGGUCUAGUUUAGUUUAAGGUCGUUUAAACCAGAGAAAAACAAACCACCAAAACAAAAACAAAACAAAACCACCAAACGUGGUUUGUUUUUCUCUGGUUUAAACGAUACGAUAGGGUCACAGAGCGUGAUCAAACGGGUCGCGGGUCGUUGCAAAGAUUCGGUCAUUAUGACCGAAUCAUUGACGAACGACACAUCCCUACCCUGUUGCCGCAACCGCUCAAUCCUGCAACAGCAGUUCAACACCAACCAAUUUCUAUUCGGAUAAUUCCCUCUUAAGCCCCGCUGAUAUCCAUGGGGAACAAGACAACUACUAUACAAAGCAGCCAGUUCAGCAAAUCUGAUUAAUUAUAUUAAUACUUUCACAGACACAUAAUUUUGUUAAUAAAUUUGGCUAAUGUAAAUUAAUAAAAUGACUUACCUUAGAAAUACAGCUAGUUUCUCUUCAGUUCCAAUGGGCCUUGAAGCAUUGCAUCCUUCUGCGUCAAUUUCUUCCUUGAUGAUCUCGUGGACUUCUUUGAAUUGAUCAUGGUUUAACCGAAAAUAAUUAUUGAACUUUUUGUCACUAAAUUCUGUAGUUAAACAAAAUUCUCCAUGAGCUCUUCUUCUUUUCAUAUACAAGCUUACCCCUGACUUUUUAUUUGCCACCUGGGAGAUAAACGUUAUCAUUUCGCACUCGAACUCGUCUUGCGAAUCAGAUUCAGAACUAAAUUGUUGCUCAAUAAUAAGUGCAGCAGCAAUUUCCAUUGCUGUUCGUAAGGGCUACGAUCCAACUGCGAAGUGAAAGCUGCUAUCGUAUUUGCGCGGUAUGCCGUCUAGCAGUUUUCUCCCGCAUGAAACGCGCCGUGACUCGCGCUGCCUCACCUCACCA